CCACCGUCCACGCGGCGCCACUUCAUUGGCCCGUUGACCGCAACCUCGCGAUUGCGUCCAGCUAUAUAGUCCCCAGCCCCGUUCCGCCCUCUCCUCCCAAGCGCCCACAGAUAACGACCGCCCGAGCACGCGUCACCGCCCCGGAAGUAAGUUUAUUUCUCGAUCAAUAUGUCACGGGAGGAGAAUGUUUACAUGGCCAAGCUGGCUGAGCAGGCAGAACGGUAUGAGGAAAUGGUUGAGUACAUGGAGAAGGUUGCUAAGACUGUAGAUGUGGAAGAGCUCACCGUUGAGGAGCGCAACCUCCUGUCUGUUGCCUACAAGAAUGUGAUUGGGGCUCGCCGUGCCUCAUGGCGCAUUGUCUCCUCCAUUGAGCAGAAGGAGGAGUCCCGUAAGAACGAGGAACAUGUUAAUCUGAUCAAGGAAUACCGUGGCAAGAUUGAGGCUGAGCUGAGCAAUAUUUGUGAUGGUAUCCUGAAGCUGCUUGACUCACACCUUGUGCCUUCCUCCACUGCUGCAGAGUCAAAGGUGUUUUACCUCAAGAUGAAGGGUGAUUAUCACAGGUACCUUGCUGAGUUUAAGACCGGUGCUGAGAGGAAGGAAUCUGCAGAGAGCACAAUGGUGGCUUAUAAGGCAGCUCAGGAUAUUGCAUUGGCUGAACUGGCACCUACCCAUCCCAUAAGGCUUGGACUUGCACUUAACUUCUCAGUGUUCUAUUAUGAGAUUCUGAACUCUCCAGACAAAGCUUGCAACCUUGCAAAGCAGGCAUUUGAUGAAGCUAUAUCUGAGUUGGACACCCUUGGAGAGGAGUCUUACAAGGACAGCACAUUGAUAAUGCAGCUCCUGAGGGACAACCUGACUCUCUGGACUUCCGAUCUCACGGAGGAUGGCGCCGAGGAGGGCAAAGAAACUUCAAAAGGCGAAGCUGGCGAGGGCCAGUAACCCGGCCGGCUUGUUUUUCCAGCCCCUGUGCUACCGAAGCUGUAUUCUGCUCCAUGGAUUCUCCUACUCGAGGCUUCUAUUCUUCUUUCCCUCCCCCCCUCUCCUUUUCAUGUAGUAGGCUGGUAGUGGUCGAAUUAGUUCCAUUGCUUUGCAUUGCUGCUAGUUGGCACUAGAUCCAUUUGGACUGGUAUUGUUCUGCUAUUGAAGUUUGUCUUUUUUCGUUUUGCUGUUGCAACCAGUUAUUGCGUCA